AUGUCAAAUUAUGUGGAUAAGAAAUGGAUGAAGUGUCCCCGUAAGUCGAUAGAUUACAGACAAGGUGUGAAGUCAUUCAUAGAGUUUGCCAGGAUUAAUGGUGGUGGGUGUACUUUGUUUUCAUGCCCUUGUCGUCGUUGUAUGAAUACUAAAGGUUUAAUUACCCUGAGUGAGAUAUCAUUUCAUCUGCUGAAAUAUGGUAUGCAAGAGAUGCACACAACAUGGCGCUUUCAUGGGGAAAGUUUAGAAGUAGCACGUGACACUACAACUGAAUAUGUAGCUGAUAAUGAUGUCACAACAGUUUUGAAUGAGAGUAUUACGGCAGAUGUGGAUGAAAAUGUUAGGUCAGGGAUGGAUGAGAAUGGGGAAGAAGGUGUUGAUAAGAAUGCAGAAGCAGGUGUUGAUGUGAAUGUUGGAACCAGCAGGUGUUAUCAGAAAAAGAAAGCGGCUGAGCAGGCAAGAGAACCAUUAUAUCCUUCACGUCCUAAAGGAAAGUUAGCAAUGUACGCUACGACUAUGAUGAACAACAUAAAGACUCAGUUUGGAAUUUCAGACAAAGGUGUUACAUCAAUGUUAGAGUUGAUGAAAGAGUUACUUCCCGAAGGUAACACCCUUCCAUCCAAGUUUCCAGAUAUCAAGAAGAUUAUUAAAGAGCUGGGGAUGGACUAUGUCACUUAUGAUGCUUGUAUAAAUGACUGUGUACUUUAUUGGAAGGAUAAUAGUUCAUUGGUGAAAUGUCCGAAGACUUUAAGGCAUUUUCCAAUAAUUGCAAGGCUGAAAAGACUUUACAGUAUAUCAUGGAUAGCAGAGGCGAUGCUUUGGAAUUCUAGAGCACAGAAAGAUGUCAAUAUAAUGCGUCAUCCGGUUGAUUCUACAGCUACGCGGCCCAAGAGCACCAGUAAAGACAUUGAUGUGUACUUACAACCAUUGAUAGAUGAGUUGAAAGAGUUAUGGUAUGAUGGUGUUAUGACAUUCGACAGUUUCACAAAGUCUGAAUUUCUGUUGAAGGCAAGGUUGUUAUGGGUCAUUCAUGAUUUUACGGCAUUAGGAACUCUGUCCGGAUGUGUGACUCAUGGAUAUUAUGUGUGUCCUACCUGUGAUGAAGAAACAGUUUCUGAGUGGCUGCCGUAUAGUAAGAAAAUAUGUUAUAUGAGACAUCGAAGAUGGCUGCCAUCCAAACACAAGUACAGAGAUUACAAGACAAACUUCGGUGGAGGGGGUAAGGGUAAACCACCAGCAAAGAAACGUAAAAGAGGAUCAGAAGGUGAUAGUUUGCAACAGGGAGCCGAUGAAGAUGUUUCUGACCACUCACUCUUUUCUCGAAGUUCCAUUCUUCAUGAUUUGCCGAAUUGGGGAUCAAACAUAGUCCGUCAUUGUACAUAUGUUAUGCAUACAAAGAAGAAUAUAACUGAGCAUAUCAUUAACACUGUCAUGGGUAACAGUAAGUCAAAAGAUGGUGUAAAUGCACAGAAAGAUAUGGAAGCUAUGGGUAUUAAGAAGGAUUAUGGUUGA